GUCUGUGAUCAAGUGUGGUACUGUACAUGACCGCAUGACUGGCAUGACAGCACAUACACAUCAAUACAGUUACGACACAUACGUUUGCAUACGGUAAGAAAGACUCUUCAAAAUGGAACUCAAAUUGUUGGAUAAAUUGCAGAAACUUGGGUACAAUGGAGAGUUAACAGAUCCAAAUAAAUUUACAGCGGCCUUAAAACAGGGCCCAAAAUCGCCACAAUUUACAAAACUUGUAGCAUGGUUGACAAAUGAAAUUGCAAUACUUUAUGAGAUGGAUGAAACUGUUCAUCCAACAAUGUCACCGGAAGAUUCUAGCUCUUUCCUAUUAGAAUUAAACUGUUUCUUAAAAGAAUUAGGAUGUGUGAAUGAAUCCCUAAUGUCUGGUAAUGCCAAUAACCGAUUGGGAAGUAAAGAAAAUAGGUACAUUUUAUUAGAUUUUCUGGGAGCAGAAUUAAAGACUUCUAGAUUACUAGAAUUUCAAAAACAUAAGACCUCUAAUUCCAUGGAUGUUGAUGUUGAGGAGAGUGACACAGCCAAAGAUCUGAAAGACAUGUUAAUAGCAUUAAAUUUUGGGAAACCACCAGAUGAUAUUACUGUUGAAAAGCUUUUUACAAGACUGGAAGGCAAGCUAACUGAAGUGUUAAAAAAAGUACCACCUGAACUUGUAGGUCAACCAUUAAUUACUACAGAAUUCACAGAAAGGGAAUGGAAAGAUCUUCAACUUCUACAACAAGAGUUACAUGACGAAUAUAGAAUGCGUCGCGAUAUGUUACUUAAACGACUCGACGUAACAGUACAAUCAUUUCUGUGGUCAGACAGGGUCAAAUGUCGAGAAACUGAAAUAAAUAAACAAUACGAGGACACUAGGAAAUUUUUAAGCGCAGAACCCGAUAUUACAUUUGCUGAUUUAUUAGCCGCAAGAGACGACAUUGCGUUAAUGGAGAAAACAAGCAAUGCGAGCGUUAGGAAAAAUACUCGAAGCGAAAUUAAUUCGGUUAUCAUUGGAACAGUACCAGAUAGAGGUGGAAGACCAUAUGAACAAGAACCACCACCACCUGAAAUGCCACCAUGGCAGAAAGAUAGAGUACAAGGACCUACAACUUCUGGUGGAGGUCGAGGAGGAGGAGGAGGUGGUUACAGAGGACGCGGAGGAGGUGGAUCUAAUGCAUCUUUUUCUAAUGAUAAUAGAGGAGGUCAAAAACAUGGAUCAUAUGGAGGUGGUGGUAGUUUUGGAGACAGUGGAUCUCAGAGUUCGAAUUAUUCCUCUAAUAGCGGUGGAUUUGGUGGACAAGGAGGAGGACAUGGAGGAAAACACGGAGGAGGAUAUGGAGGGCAUGGAGGUGGUCAAAGAACAGGUCAAGGGGGAGGGUAUGGGGGUGGUCAAGGAGGUGGAUAUGGAGGAGGCCAAGGAGGAAACUAUGGAGGAGGCCAAGGAGGAAACUAUGGAGGAAGUCAAGGAGGAAACUAUGGAGGAGGUCAAGGAGGAAACUAUGGAGGAGGCCAAGGAGGAAAUUAUGGAGGAGGCCAAGGAGGAAAUUAUGGCGGCGGACAAGGAGGAAAUUAUAGAGGACAAGGUGGAAAUAAUAGUUACGGCGGAGAAAACAAAGAUAGCGGAGGAAGUGGUCAUCGAUACUGUUACCCAAGCAAUGCAAGCUCUGGUUCACAAUCAGACAAUCAACGUGGACAACAAUAUCAAGGAGGUGGUUCCAGCGGCGGAGGUAGAGGCGGUAGAGUUCAAGGAGGAUGGAAUCAAGGAAAUAAUUCUAGCACAGAUAACUAUCAACGCGGUGGAUAUAACCGUGGCAGAGGUAGAGGAGGACGACAAUACUAAGAAUACGAUGAUAUUAACUUCUACAUCACAUAUUGACGCUUAAUUGUUUAUAUACUUCAUGCCAUACAUUUAAAUAGGUACUAUACGAGAUAUAAAGUAAUUCAGUGUGAUAGUUCUAAAUUAAAAAUAAAUUAAAGAUUACGAUACUAUUUUCAAUAUAUAUAAAUUAUAUUGUUUCAUAGAAAUUACAAUCAUUAUUUAUGAACGCAUAUUUUAGACUGCUUAGUUUCAUUCUGGUUAAGUAUUUGUACUUGCAAUUUGUAAAUAUGAAUUUUUUGUAUUAUGAAAGAGUACUGAAUCUAUUGAAAUUAACAGUUUCUGUCAUGUAAUGUGUCUAGGGUUAUAAAAUUAAUCAUUUUAAUUAAUUGUAUAAAAUAUUUUACUAAACAUAAAUUGUGAUUAUGUAUUAUUAGUAAUUAUGUAUUGAUUUAUAUUCUGUAUGAAUGUACAUACCAAAAACCAUAUAAAAACAAAUUUUUGAACAAUUUCUGUAUCUUUUACCUGCUGAAUAAUAAUUUUAAUUGUAAUCUCAACAAUUUAUAGUUGUACAGUAAUAAAAUAAUUUUUUUAAUUCGA